AGAAGCCAUGUAUGUAUAAGCAAGAGAGGUAAAGAAAGUUCACUCAGAAGUAGUGGAACCUAGGCUACAAGAUGAAAGCCAGCAAUGGUUUGAAGUUAUCUUCGUGUGUCUUUGUACUGCUGGUCGGAUUGUUAGUCAAGCACACUACAAGUCAAGUAGUACUUGGUUUCUCUGAAGAGGAUUAUGCUGUUGUCGAGGGAAGGAACGCCAUGGUAACCGUCACCAAGAACAACCAGAAUCAGUUUCCCAUAUCGCUGAGUAUUGUCCCGUUGACAUACAGUCAGUACCAGGGUAUAGUGCCGACUGAGAUACAGGGCAUCAUCGACACUGUGACACCCACCCCGGCUCAAUUUGUUCAGGGGGGCAGGACAGAUUUCAGUGAUCUGUCUAUUCCCAUCACCUUUCCUCCCAGUCUGAGUAGUGAUUCUGUCACCGUUGCUGUGGGAGCAAGUGAUGACUUCAUCAAUGAAGCUAGUGAAGGCUUCAUCAUUAUGCUCCGUGUUGACCAGAUUGACCCUGCUGAUGGCACGCCCACUUUUGUUCGAGAGGGUGUGGCCUUGAUGAGGAUCACUGAUGAUGAUGCUGUCAGUAUUUCGUUCAGUGCGCCAUCUUAUGAUGUGAGUGAGGGUGCUGGUCUCCUUAGCAACCUGGUGUUUAUCGUGAAAGAUUUGGAGUCUGAGCAAAACUUAACCGUCAUUAUCAGUAGACAGAUCACUUCAGCAGGAGCGUCAUUCGCCACGCCAGAUGUUGACUUUGUCGACAUUGUCACGAUGAGCUUCACUUUCCUCCCCGCGGACACCAUGCUACCCAUUGCCAUAGAGAUAUUGGAGGACACGGAGCCAGAAGCAGACGAAAUGUUUACGUUGAUAAUAUCAAUUCCCCCAGGUCAACCCCGGGUCACCCCUGGCACACCUCCCCAGGCUGCCGUGGUGAUUGCAGAUGAUGAUGGUACGACGCUCGAGGUGGGUUUUCUACAAACCACGUACACGGUCAUGGAGGGGGAGGACGCUGUCAUAACGUUCGGCCUUCUCACAGACCCUACCCUUUUAACGGCAGAUGACUUUGCGGUCAUUGAUAUUGAAGUAGUCGCGGAUACUGCCACUUCCUCUGUGGACUACGACAGCUCGGCCGUGGCUGACGGGUUCUACUUUAUUGCCGUGGGCGGGGCCACCAGCUCGUUCACUAUACCCACCACCCUCGAUACUGAUGUCGAAGGCAGUGAAAGUUUUGUAGUUAGACUAGCUUUCAGUCAGGAGGUGGGCAAUGUAGCCGGAGAUUUUGUGGUCAGGGAAUCAAACCGUCAAGCUACUGUGAUCAUUCAAGAGCCCGGAGGAAAUGAACCCACUGUGCUGGAGCUAACACCGAGUCCAUCCCUGGCCGGUAUUGAGGGUGACAUCAUCACGUUCACAUGCGGCCCACCGGAGAACGAUCCAAUCACUCUAUUAGUCAAUGGGCUCGCAGAUACAACGGUAGCAUUCGAUGACGCCACGGGUAACCGCACGUACAGUUUAGGGCCGCUGGAUCGCAACAUGGAGGGGAACACGUAUCAGUGUACAAGUGGGACACGUAUGAGCGAGAUCACCACCCUCUCCGUCUACUACCCUCCCGUCUUCACUGUGGGUGCAUUCUUCGAGGGUAACGAAGGGGAUGCUCUGCGUAUCAACCUCUCGCUAGACGGGAACCCUCUUCCUCUGGAUAGCUUCUCCUGGACAUACGAUGGACAGCCUUUGUCUGCGGAAACAGGACGACUUGUAUUUGGGGCGGAGUUUAUAGAGUUCACGCCCCUUCAACGUACAGACAGGGGGCGGUACAUGAUAACCGGUAGCAACCUUGCCGGCAAUGGAAGUGCCUUCUUUGAUCUAGAGGUCUACUAUGUUCCCUCUUACAUCGCUGACCCCGUGUACACUGUCAUCGAGGGUCAGCCCGGACAAAUACAGCUAUCACUGGACGCACGCCCUCUUCCCGGGCCCAGCGAGUUCUCUUGGUCACGUGACGGUGUCCCCAUCUCCUCGUCAGGUCAGGUGACACUCACGUCCGACUCUAUAGACUGGAGCAGCGUGAACAGGAGUGAUGGGGGAGCGUACAUGGUGGUGGCUACUAACAGAGCAGGAUCUGGAACCGCUUCGUUUCAAGUGGUCGUUAUCUAUCCUCCCGUGUACACUGUUGACAGUCGUAUUGCCGUGGUUGAGGGGGACCUUGUUCGUAUCAACCUGACCCUAGAUGCCAACCCAGAUCCCACGUCUUUCACAUGGACCCGUGACGGUGUCCCCUUCACCCCGCCCCCGGGGGGGUCUGUGGGGGUCAACUUCAUUGACUUUGGGGGGCCUAUUAAUCGGACUGCUGGGGGUAGCUACACCGUGCAGAGUACCAACGAUGCAGGCACUGGAAACGCUACUUUUCAACUUGAAAUUUUAUAUCCUGCCGAUAGUCGUAUUGUCGUGGUUGAGGGUAGCCCUAUUCUUAUCAAUCUGGACGCUAACCCAAAUCCCACGUCCUUCUUCUGGACCCGUAACGGUGUCCCCUUCACUCCGCCCCCUGGGGGGUCAGUGGGGCCCAACUUCAUUGACUUUGGGGGGCCUAUUAGUCGGAGUGCGGAGGGUACCUACACUGUGCAGAGUACCAGCGAUGCAGGCACUGUCAACUCUACUUUUCAACUUGAAGUUAUACAUCCUCCCGUGUACACUGUUGAUAGUCGUAUUGCCGUGGUUGAGGGGGACCUUGUUCGUAUCAACCUGACCCUGGACGCUAACCCAGAUCCCACAUCUUUCACUUGGACCCGUGACGGUGUCCCCUUCACCCCACCCCCUGGGGGGUCUGUGGGGGUCAACUUCAUUGACUUUGGGGGGCCUAUUAAUCGGACUGCUGGGGGUACCUACACCGUGCAGAGUACCAACGAUGCAGGCACUGGAAACGCUACUUUUCAACUUGACAUCUACUAUCCGCCUGUGAUAACGGUCAACAAUACGUUCACUGUAUUGGAAGGGGAAGUGUUUGACCUCACGCUAUUAGUGGACUCCCUACCAGUACUCACCGACGACAACGUCACCUGGUUCUUCAACAACCAAGUCAUACCCGGAAUGAUGGGCAUUUCAUUUGGGGCAGAUUUUAUCCGGAUUGACAUGGUAACUCGGCUGGACGGUGGGACCUAUCGGGUGGAGGGUACCAACGUUGCAGGGACGGGAGAGGCAUCCUUCAGUCUCCAAGUGGUUGUACCCAUACCGACUACUGUGAUCCCUACGGCAACAUCCACUCCCACACUGAUGUCAACUUCAGUUCCAGUUCUAUCAACAACUUCCAUGCCAAAUCCCACUACCUCAGUUCCGCGCCCCACGGUCACACCUACGCCAGAGCCACCUGUCACGACCGUCACCGAGCCGCCACAAACCACCGGAGGUAUGGGCGGAGACCCUCACUUCAAUAUACUCCUGCCCAACCACCAGCAGCUUUGUUUCUCCAUACAAGGUGAACACGGCUACUCGUUCAACCUGAUCAGCAACAAACUCAUUCAUAUGAACGCUCGUUUCAUUCCGGAUCCAAAACGAGAAGAGGUGACUUGGAUUGGAUCUCUGGGCAUCGUCGUAACGUCUAGUACGAAAAUGAACGCAACCAGAAUUCGUUUUGAAGCCGAAGACAAGAUGAUAUACAUUGGGGAGAAGCUAUCUCUGCAUGUUAAGAAGAUUGAUCGACUUACAUUCACCAAUGGGAAGUUGACGAUUUCCGAGGCUCUUCGCGAUAAGAAAGAGAAGCGUUUCCGUGUGCACGUUGAGUUGGUUGAUAUCGGGUUGUCAUUCUGUGUGGAUUUUGUGAAGGGGCACUUGGACAUGACCUGGAAUAAAGUGGGGAAGCAGCCGGCUAACUCGCACGGCAUUAUUGGUCAAUUUUUCAGGCCUCACAUCGAGAUCGACGAGGCACGACGAUUGUUGCUCCUCCCAACGCUGGAGCCGGUGGCGGUGAUGAGGAAGCCUGUCUGGCACUUUAUGGAGAGAGAGUCUCCGGAUGAGAAGUUGUGUUGGGUGGCUAUGAACCAAGGUUACCAGGGCAAGGGACUCCUCCAGGGGCACUACCUCGACUACCUAGUAGAUGACGUUCUUACCCCUGAUUUCAAGUUCAAGCUGCGCAAGCACAAGAUGAGAAACUGUUGUAGAUUUAGAGACUUGCAGAGAACACACGUUUUUAACUCAUAGUGUAUGUAGAGCUUUAUAGAAUUUGUAUAUACCUAUGUUUAUAUUGUACAUGUAGAAAGAUCAAUAAUUAUAGGUUUUGUAUUAAUUUUAUGCAAA